UGCUGUCACACUUGUCAAUGUUUAACUUGUCGAAGGUUGCAUGAAGCGCCGCGCUAUGUCGAGCCCGUUUUCUGACAGAACACACUUUAUCUAGGUAAUGGCGGCCCUGCGAGCGGCGAAGCAGGCGCUGAGGAAAGCGAUCAAGACACGGGUAGCAGCGCUGAGUGACGAGGAGAAACGAAGACAGUCCCUGGUGGUUUCACAGAAGCUUUUCCGACAUCCCAAAUAUGUGUCCUGCAAGAGGAUUGCACUGUUUCUCAGCAUGCAUGAUGAAGUGCUCACGGAGGAAAUCAUCAAAGAUGCGUUCAAAUUGGGAAAGAGCUGCUUCAUCCCCAGAUAUGAGAGGAGUUGCAGCCAUAUGGACAUGUUGCAGCUAACCAGUCUGCAGGACAUGGAAACGCUGCCCCUGACCUCCUGGAACAUCCGACAGCCUGCUGAAGACGACAACAGCAGAGAGGAAGCACUGGCUGCAGGAGGUCUGGACCUAAUCUUGAUGCCAGGCCUGGGUUUUGACCUAAUGGGGAAGCGUCUGGGACGAGGGAAGGGCUACUACGACACCUACUUGGAACGCUGCAUCAAAUACUCUCAAGGAAAACCGUACACCAUUGCCUUGGCCUUCAAAGAGCAGCUGUGCCAGGAAAUCCCUGUUGAUGACAACGAUGUGCUCAUUGAUGAAGUUCUGUAUGAGGAUGAUGAGUAACUGGUCAAUCACCAGAGGUGCAUUAUCAUUACCAAUGCACACAUUUUCACUGCAGACAUUUAAUUUGAUUUAGCAGUAGAAGCUCAAAUUGCCUUCAUUAAAGGGACUCUUACCUUUGUUGCAUUUUUACACUUUUUUUGGAUAAGGUUAAAUUGGUAUUAAUAAGGUAAUGACACUCUAAAAUACAAGACAGACCCACCAGGAGUAAAAACAAACAAUUAUUUCACUCUCAUAAUAUUUAGUGAAAACUUCAACCAAUAAAAUUCUUCGGACCGAAGGACCUUAUUGGCCGACAGACCUGUCUGUUUGCUGCAUGGACAUGCAGGUUUUCCGUCUGCUUCUUGUGGCGCAUUCAGGCCCGUCAUCAUAUGUGAAUGUAAAUGUAUAUAACUUACCGGUGCUUCUGAAUCCGAAUCCAUUGCUUUGGUAAACAAAAACUCACGUGCGUGCGCGGAGGCAGUAGCUUGUAAGUCUGCUUGUAUAUAAAGUUUCUUCAAAAAAACACCGCGGAUGGGAACGAGGGGGUGGGGCAUUGGAGGAAGGCGGGAUGAUUUGAAUGUGCUGUAAUUCUCAAAUGCAACAAAGGUAAGAGUCCCUUUAAUAUAUUGUAUUUAGCAUUAUACAAGCUAAGAUGCAAAUUCAGUGGCUGCAUUGAUAAUGUGUAAUCAUAAUAGUGAAACCUGAUAUUCAUCGGUGUCAAACAUCAAUGGACAAUUAGAUGGAAAGAAGUCUUAAUAAAAUUGUAAUGAAAAAUGUGCAGGCUGCAUGUCUUUUAAUGGGAGAGACAGUUGUUAUUUAAGUUCAGAGAGGCAGACCUGGAAUAAAUAGGAACUCUCCAACAAAUAAAUCUGUAUAACUGUAACAACAUGUUA